AUGUGCGAAAGAAGACAAGGACGGACAACAGAACGCACCCAUCCACAGGCGCCAGGCGAUGGAGGAGCGGCGAUGGCGCUGCUGGGCCUCAAGCUUCGGGGCGUCUACCUCAUCGACCUCGCUUCCGACACUAUCGUUGUUGAGCUGUUCUCUCUCGGCGGCAGCCUGGGCCUCUGCCAUGGCCUUUGCAGCGCGGCGCGUGACGACCAUAGCAAAGUUUUUUCACUGAUCAGGCAGGUAGAAGUGGCGACGGUCAACACAAGCGGACAGUGUCCGGUGAAGGAGAGAGGUAGUGAGGUCGGGAUGGUAGGGGGCUGCCAGCAGCGCCGCUGCUGA